AUGGGUAAAAAAGCGAUUGAUUCCCGUAUUCCUGCGUUGAUCAGAAACGGUGUUCAAACGAAGCAAAGAUCUUUUUUUGUUAUUGUUGGUGAUAAUGCACGUAACCAGCUACCGAACCUCCAUUACUUGAUGAUGAGUGCUGACUUGAAGAUGAAUAAGUCUGUGCUAUGGACUUAUAAGAAGAAACUUUUGGGUUUUACUUCUCAUAGGAAGAAGAGAGAGCAAAAAAUCAAGAAAGAGAUUAAAAGAGGUACCAGAGAAGUAAAUGAACAAGACCCAUUCGAAACCUUUAUUUCAAACCAGAGUAUUAGAUAUUGUUACUAUAAGGAGACCGAAAAAAUUUUAGGUAACACUUAUGGUAUGUGUAUUUUGCAAGAUUUUGAAGCUUUGACACCAAACUUACUAGCAAGAACAAUUGAAACUGUUGAGGGUGGUGGUCUAGUUGUGAUAAUGUUGAAAUCACUCUCUUCAUUGAAACAACUUUAUACAAUGACUAUGGAUAUCCAUUCUCGUUACAGAACAGAAGCCCACAACGAUGUUGUGGCCAGAUUUAAUGAAAGGUUUAUCUUGUCCUUGGGUUCCAACCCCAACUGUCUAGUUGUUGAUAGCGAAUUGAAUGUUUUACCCAUCUCUGGUGGUAAAAACGUUAAACCAUUACCACCAAAGGAUGAUGACGAGCUAUCUCCUAAAGCACUCGAAUUAAAAGAACUAAAAGAAUCAUUAGAAGAUGUUCAACCGGCAGGUUCUCUAGUGGCAUUGUCGAAGACCGUUAACCAAGCGCACGCUAUCCUAACAUUUAUCGAUGCUAUUUCCGAGAAGACUUUGAACUCUACAGUUGCUUUGACCGCUGGUAGAGGUAGAGGUAAGUCUGCCGCCCUUGGUAUUUCUAUUGCUGCCGCAGUUUCUCAUGGUUACUCUAACAUUUUCGUUACUUCUCCAUCUCCAGAGAACUUGAAAACAUUGUUUGAAUUUAUUUUUAAAGGUUUUGAUGCCCUAGGUUAUCAAGAACACAUAGACUACGAUAUCAUUCAAUCGACUAACCCAAGCUUUAACAAGGCUAUUGUUAGAGUCGACAUCAAAAGAGACCAUAGACAAACAAUUCAAUACAUUAUUCCAAAUGACUCUCAUGUUUUGGGACAGGCUGAAUUGGUCGUGAUUGAUGAAGCUGCUGCAAUCCCACUACCAGUAGUUAAAAAGCUACUAGGUCCAUAUCUUGUUUUUAUGGCAUCAACCAUCAACGGUUAUGAAGGUACUGGUAGGUCUUUAUCGUUAAAGCUAAUUCAACAAUUGAGAAACCAAGCUAACUCAACUGGCCGUGAAGAAUCUGAAACCUCUAUCGUUUCAAGAGACUCUAAAAUGCAAGAAGUCCAGACGAGCGGACGUACUCUAAAAGAGGUUGUAUUGGAUGAGCCAAUCAGAUAUGCUCCUGGUGAUCCAGUUGAAAAAUGGUUAAACAAGCUUCUAUGCUUGGAUGUCCAAUUGAUUAAGAAUCCUAGAUUUGCUGCAAGGGGAACUCCUCAUCCUUCUCAAUGUAAUUUAUACAUUGUCAAUAGAGACACCUUGUUCUCAUACCACCCUGUUUCUGAAAACUUCCUUGAAAAAAUGAUGGCCUUGUACGUUGCCUCUCAUUACAAGAAUUCUCCAAACGAUUUGCAAUUAAUGAGUGAUGCUCCUGCUCAUCAACUCUUUGUAUUACUACCUCCUAUCGAUCCAAAGGAUGGCGGUAGAAUUCCUGAUCCACUAGUAGUUAUCCAAGUUGCAUUGGAAGGUGAAAUUUCAAAGGACUCUGUCAGAAACUCUUUGGCUAGAGGCCAAAGAGCUGGUGGUGAUCUAAUCCCAUGGUUGAUUUCACAACAAUUCCAAGACGAGGAGUUCGCUGGGUUGAGUGGUGCCCGUGUUGUAAGAAUUGCAACUAAUCCUGAAUAUGCUUCAAUGGGAUAUGGUUCUAGAGCGAUAGAAUUGCUAAAAGAUCACUUUGAAGGUAAGUUCACCGAUUUGAGUGAAGAUGCUGCUCCAAAAGAUUACACGAUUAAGAGAGUGGACGAUAAAGAACUAAAGAACGCCAACUUAUUGAAUGAUGAAAUUAAGUUGAGAGAUGCAAAAACCCUCCCUCCUUUGUUAUUGAAACUAUCUGAACAACCUCCACAUUUCUUGCAUUACUUAGGUGUUUCUUAUGGGUUAACAAAACCUCUUCAUAAGUUCUGGAAAAACUGUGGUUUUGUUCCCGUUUACUUGCGUCAAACAGCAAAUGAUUUAACUGGUGAACAUACCUGUGUUAUGCUAAAGGUUCUCGAGGGUCGUGAAUCUAAGUGGCUAGCUGAGUUCUCUAAAGAUUUCCACAAGAGAUUCUUAGCUCUUUUGUCAUUUGAGUUUAGAAAAUUCACUGCUUUAGAAGCUUUGAACGUGAUCGAAUCCGCCAAGAAGGGAGAAGCAUUGCAAGACAGUUCUGAAGAUAGAUUCAAUGGAUCCCAAAGCAAGUCUUUAACCAAAGAUCAAUUAGAUGCACUAUUUUCGCCAUUUGACUUGAAAAGACUAGAAAGUUACGCCAAUAACCUAUUGGAUUACCAUGUCAUCGUUGACCUACUUCCAAUGUUGGCUCUUUUGUACUUCAGUGGUAAGCUUGGAAACGGUGUUUCCCUCUCCAGUGUCCAGUCCUGUAUUCUUCUAGCUAUCGGUUUACAACACAAGAGUAUCGACGACAUCACCAAGGAAUUAAAUCUCCCAUCAAACCAAACUAUUGCAAUGUUCUCUAAGAUUAUAAGAAAAUUCACUAGCUACUUCAGGGAAGUUCUCAGCGAAUCCAUUGAAAAGACCCUUCCUAAAAUCAAAGAUGAUGUCAUUGCAGAAAUGGAUGGUGAGGUAGUGGAGACCUUCAACGCUGCUGAAGUUAUCGACAAAAUGGAAGAUGAUCUUGAAAACGCCGGAAAUGAAGCUAUAAGCGCAAUGAAAGAAAAACAAAAGGAAUUGAUUAACUCAUUGAACUUGCAAAAGUAUACCAUCGAUGACACCGCUGAAGGUUGGACAGAAUCUGCUAAGGAUUUAGAAAAGGCUGUCAAGUCACAAGGAACUGUGGCAAUCAAAUCCAAGAAGAAAAGAAAGCAAGAAACUGCGGAACAAAUUUACAAUGAAGAAAUGAAUUUGAACAAGAAAUCAAAAAAGAGCAGUAAAAAAUAA